GCCUCGGCGCGGACGGCGGUAAAUCGUCUCCAACUCCGCCGCUGUGCACGCAGCGAUCCUUCGCUAUUGAGAGAGCUGCCAGCGCUUACGCUACCAGGCGGUCGUCGAUCGAGCCGCAGCGUAGAGCGCGGGACGGGACAAAAACAGCUGUAGCGCCGGAGCGAAGCUAGCUAGCGCCGCGGAGCAGCCACCAUGUUCCGCAACACCUUCCAGAGCGGCUUUUUGUCCGUGCUCUACUCCAUCGGGAGCAAGCCGCUCCAGAUCUGGGACAAGAAGGUGCGAAAUGGCCACAUCAAGCGCAUCACCGACCAGGACAUUCAGUCGUCCGUGCUCGAGAUCAUGGGCACGAACGUGUCGACGAACUACAUCACGUGUCCGGCCGACGCGAAGAAGACGCUGGGCAUCAAAUUACCUUUUCUGGUGAUGAUCAUCAAGAACCUGAAGAAGUACUUCACCUUCGAGGUCCAGGUUUUGGACGAUAAGAAUGUCAGGCGCCGCUUCCGCGCGUCGAACUACCAGUCGACGACGCGCGUCAAGCCGUUUAUUUGCACCAUGCCCAUGCGCCUCGACGAGGGCUGGAACCAGAUCCAGUUCAACUUGUCGGACUUCACGAGAAGGGCCUACGGCACGAACUACAUCGAGACGCUGCGCGUGCAGAUCCACGCGAACUGUAGGAUCCGCCGCAUCUACUUCUCGGACCGCCUCUACUCCGAAGAGGAGCUCCCGCCGGAGUUCAAGCUCUUCCUGCCGAUCCAGAAGGACGCGGCCGGCGCGGCGCCGCCCGCCGGGCCCUGAAAGGGGCCUCGUGAUGCAGCGCGCACGGAGCCCGCUCCGUGAAGGUCGACGACCGCCGCGCGCGUGGUCCCAACCCCCGCCAUGCGCGCGAUGCGCUGCCGCGGCGCCCAAAAUCGCGCCGCCCCGUUUUUUCCCCCGACCGCGCUUCGGCGCACCGUGCCGCCCCAGCAAGGCGGGGCGCGCGUGUUUCUAACGACAGUUUUACCGUA